GGAAGACUACAGUAUCAUGGUGUGUCCAGCUCUACUGCUUCAAUCCUUCAUCUGGAUCUCUCUCGUGGCAAAAGGUGUGCAGUAUAACGUGACUCAUGUCGUCAGCAGAAUGUGUGUGGUUCGACAGUCGACAGUGCUCAUACCCUGCAAACACACUUCUCAAUACGAGCAGGUGAGCGCAGCCGAAUGGCUCUAUGAGAAACCGUCGGGGCAGAAGGUCAGGGUUUCUCAGGACCCUGCGUUUGUAGGCCGUGUGGAGUUUGUGCAGCCUGCCGCGGGAAACUGCUCGCUGCUGCUCAGGGACGUGAGACAGAGUGACGCCGGCAUCUUCCGGUUUGUGCUCAGCACUGCUUCCGGGCCAAACUGGACAAACGAUCAGGGAAUCCAGCUAGAAGUAACAGAUGCGGAGCUGCAGGUAAAGACUGAGUCUGAUGUUGUGAUGGAGGGAGACUUGAUCAUGUUUGUCUGUGGUUCAUGCAUCCCCUCCAUGACUGUACCAACCUACAUUUGGAGGAAAGAUGGGCAUCUGCGCAGUCAACACCAUGGGGACAACAUACUUGUUUUGGAGUCUGUCCAGCUGGAGGACGGAGGGCAAUAUUCCUGCACUAUAAGCGGUCAUGAGCGACUCAACUCCACAUCUGCUGAAAUCACUGUUAGACCAGGAUAUCCUCCAAAGAGCGUCUCGGUGUCCAUCAGUGCGUCUGGUGAAAUAGUGGAGGGAGAUUCAGUAACUCUGAGCUGCAGCAGUGACUCAAACCCUCCUGCUCUGAUCUUCAGCUGGUUUAAGGAGAAUCAAACCUCAGCUGUUGGAUCUGGACAGAGUUUCAUCAUCUCCAGCUUUAACUCCAGUCACAGUGGACGCUACUAUUGUGAGGCUCAGAAUCAACAUGGAUCUCAGAGAUCAGCGUCUGUUUCAGUCUCUGUUAAAGAAAGCAGCUCAUCUCUGAUCAGGGUCACAGUGGGAAUCACUGCAGCAGUUGUCUUGACGUCUGUGAUUCUGCUGGUUUUCAUCGGGCUGUUGAUCAGAAGGAAACGAGCGACUCCAUCAGAAGAGCAAAAGCACGGAGGAUCAGGACACAAUAAGACGCUGGAGUCUCCUGAGGACGCCUACAUGAGCCUUGAGCCCAAGUCCAGAUGUUCUGAAUACGACACACUGGAUAACAUGAAGAGAUCCUGUGAAAACACAGACGACCCUGAAGCUCAGGAUCCUACAUAUCAAGACAUUGAUAACUGAUUAAUUCAUUAUAUGACUUUUUUAUUAUUUAUUUUCUCCUAUGAGAUUCACUUAUAACAUUAGUAAGAUUUCCACUCUCUUUCCUUUGCUUAGAAUUAAACAGGUUGCUUUUUGCAUUUUAGUGCUUUUAAUAAAUAUGCUUUUGUAGUUUCUGACUUGUUAUAUAAUAAAAUGUGCUUCAUCCACUUCUUUACCAGCUGUAUCUGCUAAACAUAUUUGCACAAAAGGAAAACAUGCCAAUGAUGAAAGUACAUUGAGCACAUUGUAAAAUAAAA